AUGGUUGAACUUUUUAAAUGUAUAUUUUGCUUCAAAGCUUUUCGACAAAUUAUUUUCACUGUCACCAUUGUGAAUGGAGGUAGUGGUGAAACAGUAAGUCCAUUCUGUUUCACAGGGGCGAGGGCUCCAUGUGGAACGGUAGAAUGUCCACCUGGUACAACGAAAUUUGUUUUGGAGGAUCUUUCAUGCUGUUGUACUCCUUAAUUUUUUAGAAUGGAUGAUUAUCAGUAUUGAUUUGACAAAUAAAAUUUAUGAGAAU